AUGUCAUCGGAUACCUCAAAUUAUGAAGCAUUACUUCGUAAAACUGAAAAUGAACAAUUAGAAGAACUCGCUAGUGUUUACCAUCAAUUAGGAUGUCUUGUUGGAAAUAGCAAUCAGGCAAUAUCUUUUCUCCAACAGUCAAUCGAGAUCAAUUUGUAUUAUCGACCAACGGAUUACGAUCUUCUUUAUUUAACAUAUGAACAUCUUGGAAGUCUUUUUAGUCAGCAUGCUGAUUACAAUCAAGCAUUGAAAUAUAAUCGACGUGCAUUAGAUCUCGAUCUUCAUGAUCGUGAAGCGAAUCAACUACGAAUUGCUAAUCGUUAUAAUGCGAUAGGUUUGAUCAUGAAAGCUCAGAAGAAUUACAAAGAAGCAUUGAAACAUUUUCAUGAUGCUCUACAAAUCCAAUUACAAAAUAUUUCGCCCGAUGAUUUAUCGCUAGUGGCAACUUAUUCAAAUCUUGGUUCAACAUACCGUUCAUUACGAGAAUGUCCAUCAGCUAUCGAAUAUUUCGAAAGAUCUCUCGAAAUCAUCAAGCAGAACCUUCCUCAACAACGGGCUUUAUUAGUUUAUACAUAUAACAAAAUUGGUAGUGUGUUUUGUUUAAUGCGGGACUAUUCGAAAGCUCUUUCCUGUCAAACAAAAGCGUUGCAUAUUCAAGAAGAUCUUCUUCCAUUGAAUAAUCUCUUGUUAGCUACAAGACAUUUCAACAUGGCGAUAGCAUUAGAAGGUUUAAAGCGUUUCGAAGAUGCUUUCGAGCAUGUCACACAAGCCGUCAACAUAUUAAAACAAACAGAUAAUCCUCAUCGACGUAAACUAUCUCACUAUCAAAAAUAUCUGAACAUUCUACGUAAAAAAAAACAACUUAAAUAA